UUUUCGAGACUAUCAAAUGAGACCUUUCUUGAUGGUUCAAAUAUAGUGUAAUUAGGUUCAUUAGAUACGCGGUUGCUGAAUUUGAAUGACUGGAGUCAGUGUUUUCGGAGUGCCUUAUUAUGCAAACUCAUUUUAUGGGUCAGUGGGGUGCAAAUGGGUAGUUAGGGGCACGAACAAAACAGGGGGGUGGAGAAACAGAAUUAAAAUUCUAAGUGGCAGAAUGCCCCAUUGUCAGUGGAGGGGCAUACCCUAUAAACCACGCAUAUAAGCGGUCUUUUUCAGAUACACCGCACCACUGGACGGAGCUGGUACAACUGUGGAGCUCUCCAACUACGGACCCAUCACCAUGGCUUCUACCACAUACUCUUGGAUUGCCUUCAUUGUCUUAACUGUGUCUACUAAUUUCAUUGGAGUACAGUGUCGCGCGGUGCAGGAGAUACUGUCAAAGUCCUCCGCUUUUCAGGAUGGUCCCAAUACUUUACCCACAGAUAUCUUGAGACGAUGGCGACGGGAGAGCGAUGAGACGCAGCGCCAACAUUGCGCAAUGUUGUCAGCGCCUUGGAUGGAAACCAGCGCGUACCCGAUGGAAUUGGCACUGCUACAUCGUCUCCGGGUGCGUUCAAUGGCCCAAGGAGGUUUACGGCGCACAGUCUUUCCUGAGCAACCACUAUUUCAUUUUGUCAGACGCGUCUAUCAUUGCUGCCAGUUAGGUUUUCAUUGCAGAGGCGUCAAAGGGAUUCAGGGCAGUCUCAGCGGAGAUACAGAUUUGGAGUUCCUUCUCAGUCAGGAUGUUCUGUCAGUGACAGUCAAGAGAGCUGAGAUUCAUCUCUAUGUGUUGAAUCCUCAACACCUGAACAUAGAGCCUGUUCUUCCAUACAUGGCAAAACGCAAGCUUCCCACACGAUACCGUUUUGGGUCAAGGGAGAAUGUCCUGGAGCUUCGAGUGGAUCUGCUGUUCCUAUUCCAAGGUCUUCGGGAGGCAGCUGGUGGUGUCAGAGAGGAGCCAAGUCUGGUUGACAUGCGGAAAGUGGGGGAGCUUUCAAGCGGGGGUCCACGAGAAAGGCCAGUAGCUCCACGGUCUCUGCAGGACACCAAUGCUGAUCUGUUAAGGGAGGGGGUGGGCCCCCUGCUGAUGGCCAUGGAGCUGGGCCUGGCUCUGGCCCUGAAUUGUGACAGGGGGGGAGUGGAGGUGUCUUGUGAGCACAAUGGAGUCCACCUAUUACACUCUCCAUUCAUUGCUCUCUCCUACAGAUAAAGAUGACACAAGCCAGUAUUGUACACACCAUCACAUUUUACCUUGAGUUGCACCAUACAUAACCCCAUCUCCAUGUUGUCUCUAAUGUCCUCAAGUCUAUGAAGCUGCAUUUAUCUCUUGGUGGGCAACAUGUCAACUUUUAUUAUUGAUAUGUGAAGGAAGUGGAUCGGAUGUCUUAACUACAUAACUUUUGCAAUAACCCUUUGCAAAAUUAAACAUUGUCUUUAAUGUUGUAUAUAUAUUUUAUAUACAUAAUACCCCAACGUGUAUGUGGUUCUGUGCACUUCAGAAAAUGCUUGAAUAUAUUAACUUAUCAGUGUUGUGUUUUGUAAGAAAUAAAUACAUUUGUAAAGAUGUAAAUAGUGUAUAUUAUCACAUAUGUUUAUUGGAAAAUUGUUUUGGGUUUUCCUUUAUUGAAAUGCAAUUUAUUAAAUUUGUGAGACUAUG